GAGUCAACUGUUACGCCAGCAAUUGAAAUUGUUUAUUGGUCUGUACUUGCAAGAAAAACAUUUGCUGACAAAAUCGGGGGAUUUUGAGGAGCGUCCAUUAUAUUCACAACAGCAGAACGUGAAGCUGAACAAAAAAACCAGCAGAGAAAAACAUUUUAUAACAACGAAAACCGCUUUGACAUUUGCUUUCUGCACGGAGUAAUUGCUACACUUUGUAUAUAAUAAAACCCGAACAAUGGGACGAAAUGGAAAGAAGAAGGGACGAACAGGCGAAGGAGGAGGAAGAGAGGACGGUGGAGAAUCAUCCCAGCAGCCACCAGGUCAGCAGCAGGAACGAUCUCAGACGGCCCCUCCAAGGAGUGCACAAAGAGCUCCAGGAAUAAUUACCACUGCACCUCCUCCAUCUCGACCAUCGUUUGGUCCUGCCGGUCAAGACGUUGCACGGACUACUACACAGAUGGAAGGAUUGACUCUUGAGCAAAGAGGCCGAGGAAGGGGUAUGGGACUUGGACAGGGUGAGUCACGUCGAGGACGUGGUGGUCAGGGCGCAGGACGAGGUCAACGUCCUCCACAGCAAGAGCAGCAGCCUCAGAUUUCGAUGCCACCCCAGCCGGCUCAAUCGAGACCGCAGUCUCAAGCUACAGCUCAGGGCGCUUGGAGUGGACGAGGUCAAGGUCCUCCACAACAACAGCAGCAGCCUCAGAUUUCGAUGCCACCCCAGCCGGCUCAAUCGAGACCGCAGUCUCAGGCUCCUUCGACAACUCGCGAUUCUGACACAGCCUCAGUAAAAUCUGACACAGGGAGUAGCCCCAGCAAAGCCCUGCCAAAGCCAGUAGGCAUCGACAAGAAAUCCCUGGACGUAAAAACAAAGAACCAUCUCCUUGCACAGAUUCCCAAACGUAAAAAUCCGUACCAAGCUGGCACUCAGGGACGACGUAUUCAAGUAGAGACUAACAUGCUGUCCAUUGUUUUCAACCAGAAGCUAAAGAUUCCAGUAAUCCAUUAUGACGUCACUUUCGAUCCAGAUAAACCAAAGUUCCUCAAAAAACUUGCCUUUGCGAAAAUGAGAGAGCAAAACUUUCCUAGAAAUUAUCCAGCGUUUGACGGCCGAAAAAAUGCCUACGCAGCUGGUGAACUGCCCUUCGGUAGCCAAACCACAGCCACAGUAACGGUCUUCGAUGAGGAACGCCAGCAAAACAGAGAAGUCACAGUGACAAUGAAAAUAGUCAACGUGAUCGAUAUCUCUUGGCUAUUGAAUGUGAAACCAGGACUCGCAGAGUCUGAUCGAAAUGAAACGACAAUGCAGGCGGUGGAUAUAAUUAUGCGCUCUGCAUCCUUCGAUCGUUCCAUCCAGGCUGGUAAAUCGUUCUUCAAUCAGCCACGAAAUGCCAUGAAUUUGGGUGGCGGAAUGGAGCUAUGGAGUGGAUUAUUCCAGUCAGCAGUUCUCGGGUGGAAACCCUACUUCAACGUAGACGUGGCCUUCAAGGCUUUCCCCAAAAAUCAACCCGUUAUGGAUACCAUGAUGGAGCUGUGUAGCACUUAUAGAGAAGAGUGUCGACAGCUGAACGCUCAGAUAGUCCAGUUCAAUCGCGAGAAGAUCGAGGUGUUUUUCAAGACACUGAAGGUGAUCUAUCAGCUUCCAGGCCACCCAACGACCAAACGAACAGUUGGAGUCAAUGGGCUGGGCAGAUCUGCUCGAGAGGCGACCUUUGAGCUGGAAAAUGGAGAGGUGACCACAGUCCUGGCGUAUUUCAAAGGAGCAAAGAAAUAUACCAUUAAAUAUCCAGAUCUUCCCUGCCUCUGGGUAGGUUCCAGGAACAAGCAUAAUCUGGUACCUAUUGAAUUGUGCACAGUGGCGCCGGGUCUCAUCACCAACAAAAAGCUGGAUGAGAACCAGACAAGAGAGAUGAUACGAGAAACUGCUAAGGACACAAAAACCAGAAAAAAUAGGAUCAAGGAAGCCUUUCAGGCAAUGGGCUUCAACCAGCAUCCCACAAUGCAAGAAUUCGGUAUUUCCAUCAAUCCACAGUUUGAAACCAUUGAUGCUCGUGUCCUGAAUCCUCCUACUUUGCUAGAUCAAAGGGAGAUCAGACCUGCCAAGGGUGUGUGGCGGGCUAAUGCGUUUAGAACUGCUCUGAAUCUCGAGGAAAAAUCCUGGACCAUUCUAAAUCUCAGCAGAACGACCGAUGAUAGGCUGUAUAACUUUGUAAGUGAGUUGACGAAGCAGGCGAUGAGGAAUGGAAUGAUUAUUGGGGCCCCUGUCACUCCAUUCACAACGAUGAAACCACCAACGAGGGACAUUCGAGAGCUGCAGAAUUAUCUGCACAAUCAUAAAAAGGGAAAUCUCAAGCUGCUGUUUGUGGUAAUCCCUGGACAUGGGCAGGACGUCUACCCCAAGGUCAAGCAAGUGGCUGAACUCACUGUUGGCUGUUUAACUCAGUGUAUUAAGGAUAAUACAAUUAAUAGAUUUAAUUCCAUGACUGCUGGUAAUAUUCUACUGAAAGUAAACUCAAAGCUCAAUGGAGUCAAUCACACGUUCCAGCAAAACAGCAAGCCAGAUUGUCUCAAGGUUCCCUGUAUAAUCUUUGGGGCUGAUGUGACUCAUCCAUCGCCCGAUGCCAAAGAGACACCGUCAAUCGCUGCUGUUGCAGCAAGCCACGAUCCCACAGCAUUCAGAUACAAUGUUGUCAUCCAGCUGCAGCCACCCAGGCAGGAGCUCAUUAUCCAUCUGGAAGAAAUUGUUUACAAACAAAUCAGGAUUUUCGAGGAGAAGAAUAAGUGCAAACCCCAGAAGAUUAUGUUCUAUCGUGAUGGGGUUAGUGAGGGACAGUUUACUCAGGUCAUGCACUUUGAACUCCAGGCAAUGCGCAACGCUUGCCGCAAGCUCGAUCCCAAUUAUCAACCGAAGAUUACUUUCUUAGUCGUUCAGAAACGUCAUCACAUCAGAUUCUUCCCCACUGAUCCCAAGAAUUCGGAUGAUAGAAAUGGAAAUGUUCAGGCUGGAACUGUUGUUGAUACCAACAUCACACAUCCUUCUCACAUUGAUUUUUAUCUUGUCUCUCAUGCUAGUAUUCAGGGCACUGCAAGACCCACAAAAUACCGUUGCUUGUGGGACGACAACGACAUGUCCGAGGACAGUAUUGAACAGCUGACUUAUUACUUAUGUCAUAUGUUCUCCCGCUGCACUCGAUCGGUGAGUUAUCCAGCUCCAACUUAUUACGCCCAUCUUGCAGCAUUUCGAGCUAGAAGUCUCACCCACGGGGUGAACAUCAACGUCGCUAACCUAGAGCACGAGCAGAGAAAUCGUCUCACCAUUAAGGAUGAACUCAUCUCUAAGAACCCCAUGUUCUUCGUUUAAUCAUUUUUAUUUUUGUUUAUUAACCAGACACUGUAUUUUUCAAGAAAUCACCAUUCAUUUAUACACUUUUUCGACGGUUGAUUUUUCCGUUGAAAGAAAUUGUUUUUUUUUUAUUAGGAGAUAUGCAAAUUAUUCUUUCCUUUGUUUAUUAUUACAUAUUAUUACAUAUAAUUACAUAUAAUAAUGCUAAGUGAGUAAUACUGGGAGAAAGCCUGAUACGAAUUAGAAAGAUAAAUUACGUAUUUAUGUAUUUACAAAAUCAUUCAUAUGUAAUGUCCUUGUCUAACAAUAAACUAUUGACAGAGCAAGAAUCAA